CCCUUAACUCCUGUAUUCUCUCACAACACCAGUCUACCAGCAUAUCCCUCUAGUGGAACCGUAGCAUUACAAAGGAACAUUAACAUCAGCAAUCAGGCAUUAUCUAGACUCCGAGGCAGCGCCCUGAAUCAAUGACUCGUCGUCUCCUCUUGGCCAAUCAAGGCAUUGCCCCUUUUGAAGCUGUCACGUGCAAUCGACGCGGGGUUUGCGGAUUUUGAGAAUUUUGAGAAGCUGGCGGCUUUUGAGGAAAUUGAGGACUUUCUAAGGAGUCCGAGUCGACUACUAGAAUAUGUAUGACGAUGGGAUGUCAACAGGGAACUACACAUUGGAUAUAUAAACUCAGCUUGAAUAGUCUGUAAGAGUUUCCGAUCAGCAAUCUAUCAUCGACACUACAAUCUACUCUCAAGAACACAUAAUUAUCAACGUCCAUCAUGGGCUUCGCAGGCGAUAUCGUUCAAAUGAAUGUCGGGCAGAUCUUACAAUCUCCCUUCAUACCACAUGUAGACCUCACGGGUCAGACAAUCGUCAUUACUGGAGCCAAUACAGGUCUCGGUUUCGAAGCCGCUAAACACUUCUAUAAACUUAAUGUCUCCAAAUUAAUCCUCGCAUGCCGCAACAUGACUAAAGGCGAAGCAGCUCGAAAAGCAGUCCUCGCCUCGAACCCUACCUUCGAAGGCAAAGUCGAAGUCUGGCCGCUCGACAUGUCAUCCUUUGCAUCCGUUCUUGCCUUCGGCGAUCGCUUGAACUCCCUCUCAAGACUCGACGCCUUCCUCUCCAAUGCCGGCAUCGAGACCAAUGAUUACGAGCAAUUCGAAGGUCACGAAUCAGUCAUUACAGUGAACGUCAUCUCUACCUUCCUUGUUUCUAUGCUAGCGAUCCCCAAGUUGAGAGAGACGGCAAAAGCGCAGAAGAGACCGACACGAUUGGUUGUAACGGGGUCGGUGAUGCAUAUCUUUGCCAAGUACCAGCAUUUAGUCGAGCCAGGUCGCGGACGGAUCUUCAGUUCAUUGGAUGAUGAAAAGACAGCAGAUAUGAGUGGGAGAUAUAAUCUGAGCAAGCUGAUGGUGCUGUUGGGAGUUAGGCAACUUGCUGACCAGUUGGAUAUUGGUACGAAGCAAGGACAAGGAGACGUGAUUGUGAACUGCGUCAAUCCGGGGUGGUGUAAGACUGAGCUGUUUCGGAUGAACACUGGUGGCCUUGGUGGUAAGAUUGGGCUUGCAUUGAUUGGUAGAUCGGCGGAAGAUGGGGGGAAGACACUUGUGCAUGCUGCGGUCGCUGGAAAGGAUACUCAUGGGAAAUAUUUGGAUGCUUGUCGAAUUAAGCCGGAGUCCACCUGGGUGAGGAGCAAGGCGUCGAUCGAGACUGAGAGAAGGAUGUGGCUGGAGCUGGUAGAGAUCUUGGAGGCUAUACGACCCGGUGUGACCAGAUUGUAA